CAACGGUACUAUAUUACGCUCACCGGUUCGACAUUAAUUCAUUAGUGAUUUUAGACUAGACUGGAGCAAUAACUUACUAAGGCUCUAUAGAUCUAGGUUACCAUUCGAUGUAUGCAAUGCAUCAAACACGAAUUCGAAGAGCAGCUGGAUUCAUUCUCUUCAUUUGGUUUUGCCUGCAAGAACCAACUCCCUGCAGAGGUCAAGACUACCAGCUCAUUUCAACCAGACUACAAGGAAAUAACAUUAACGUUCUGCAGCUCAGUUGCAGAGUUGUAAUCGGUAGUGCUAGCCUCCAAGAUGCUAUGUUUUGGUUGAACUCCACAGUGACUGACCGUGAGCUGGAUAAUAUUGCUGAGCUUCAACCUAUGAGGAUAUCUGAUAGCUUGAGUAUUCGGAUCAAUAAAAAUUACGAAGGCCGUUAUUUAUGUGGGCCCAAUGAGAACACAGUGAGUACAGGAGUCCUGAUAGUAGCAUAUCCCGAUCCCACGUCGAUAGUAAUCCCUCCAGCAGAGCCAGAGAAAGUUGUUGCUGGUAACACUGCAACGUUAAACCCACUGGUGUGUCCUGGGAAAUUAAUUCAACAGUACUUCAUUGACUGGAAAAGAAAUGGAACUUCAGAAACCAUCGCAAAAAUCCAAGGUCCUCGGCCAAAUCCGUCAAUUUUUAAUCCUGACCCGAGGUACUCAGUGGAUAGAGACAUUUUUUCACUGACAAUUCAAUCGGUAUCGUUUCAAGACCGAGGUGUGUACUUGGGAGUUGUGGGUGUGGCUGAUCCGGAAGGGCAGGAAAUGGAGGACACACGGACAGCGAGACAAGGCGUGACACUGGAGGUGUACGUACCACCAGCUUUCAUUGAGUCACCACAAGAUCAGAUUAUCUCUUUGAUGACUGAUAGCGCAGUCACAUUUUCAUGCAUUGUCGAGGGCUACCCUAAACCAACAAUAACCUGGCAACACAACGAUGAAGAUGUCUCGACUAGUGACAAGUAUAUAUUAUACGAGGUGUCUACAAGCUCAUUUGAAACUGAAUUGUUUGUGGUAAAUAGCACUUUAAUGUUACUUAACCCUGACAACUUGGCCAGUGGAACUGUCAAGUGUAUUGCAGUUGUUUUAAUGGACAGGGAAUCACUAGUGGGCAGUGCAAAAGCUGACUUAUCUGUACUUGGGCUAGUUAAAGAUGUGACUCCAUUCAUUUCUAUCGUUCAGUCGGAUCGUGUUGUCUACACGGUGGAGCUCUAUAAGCAGAUACCAGCUGAGGUCCAGUUCUAUUUACAGUACACAGAGGGACAGUCUGGCAUGAUAACGUACAACACAACUAUUCUGAAUCGCUUCAGCCAGGCAACCACUAUUCGAUUUGAAGACACGGUAAACUAUCGACAGUUUCGAAUCGCUGUAGCUCUUGUGUCUGGGUUAACAAUAGGACCUCUCAAAGGAAGUGAAAUCAUUUAUGAUAUCUCUAAGCCUUCCGAGUUAAAUUUUCUCCUCGUGAUGUACUUGGUGCCAGCUGUAGCAAUUAUACUCGGUCUGAUAAUCGCUUCUGUAGUGGUGUGUGCAGUAUUUUGUCGAGGACCGUGCUCUUUGUGUUGCCUGAGAUACCUGCCACCUUCCGCAGCAAGGAGUGCAAUUGAAGACUACAAAAAACAUAGAAUCAAUUGUGGCUGCUGCUCCAAACAAAAUACUGCAAUUGAAAUGCGUGCUGGAGGUCCACCACUAAUGGAAAUGCGUGCUGGAGGUCCACCACCUCAACCGAGCAUUUUCUGUCUGCAAUUUCACUUCAAAGAUAAUGAAGAAGAUAUAGCUUUUUUUGAAAGGGUUUAAGUUGUGUUGUUUUUUAAGUUUCUUAGUUACUGUAUGUAAAUGUUGUUUGUUAAAUUAUUUGUAGCUUUUAAAUUAUACAGUAGACUCUCGUUAAUCUG